ACACACCCCCUCCUCACCGCCUUCCGCGCGUCCAAGCCCGCGUUCGGCGCCUGGAUCACGCUCCCGGGCGUGCUCUCCGCGCGCACCGCCGCCGCAUCCUCCCCGCACCUGUCCUGGGUCGUGCUCGACUGCGAGCACGGGGCGAUCUCCAUCCAGCCCGGCGCGGCGGAGAGCGCGCAUGCGAUCGCGGGGCUCGGGGCGGCGGCCCCGACGACGAUUGUGCGCAUCCCCGCGACGGGCGCGUGCGCGGACCGCAGCGCGGGCUGGCAGAUCAAGUAUGUCCUCGACGCGGGUGCGCGGGGCAUAAUCGUCCCCAUGGUGUCGACGCGUGCGCAGGCAGAGUCUGUCGUCGCAGCGUCGCGGUUCCCGCCGCGGGGCGUGCGCGGGUUCGGGAGCCCAUUCACGCACCUCGCGUGGGGCACCAGCGCC